UGAUGAUCAUACUGAGAAUCAGACAAGGUUUAUUCAGAUCCACGCAGCUUCAUCAUGCGGAAUAUUUCGCAGGACUCAGUCCAAAUAGUCACCUUGAGGACGGAAGACGUGGAACGAGUAACACCCGACGGGACAAGCGCAACCUUUGCAGCAACUGCGUUCGACGUUGAUCGGGGUGUUACGUUUGCUGCCACCACGUGCGGGGGUGAAAUUCUCAUUUGGAAGACGGCUGGGAGACGUCUCCUUCCUCCAGAGGAGUCAUCGUUUUGCUUUUGUGGAUCAUACGCUACUCCAGAUCCUCGCAUUGUUAGUCUCAGAGUGCUUGCUGAAUCAAGGAGACUAGUGCUAGUGACACGCUCAGGAGACAUCGUAGUCUGGGAGCUCGGUGAUUCCGGUGACUUCAAUAGCGAUGCUGACGUCAUAGGCGCCGUGGAGACCGGAAUUCUCGCCGUAAGCUGGAGUCCGGAUGAUUCGUUCGUAGUUCUCGCAACUGACGGGAAUGUGAUAUUAAUGAAUUCAAUGUUCGAUGUGCUCUCAGAGGUGCCUUGGGAAACUAGCGAGUUUGGUGAAGAUGCGCCUAUCAACGUUGGGUGGGGUUCCAAAGCCACCCAAUUCCAUGGCUCGGCUGGGCGUGCACACCUCAAAACUCCAGAGAAAACAAAUGAUCAACAGGAAAGCGUCGAUGACGACAACUUGCCGCGCAUCACAUGGCGUGGUGAUGGUGCUUACUUUGCCGUUUCCACGCGUUCUUCCAGGCACCUGUCACCGCGUGUCGUGAGAGUAUACUCACAUGAAGGUCGUCUCCAAUCCACGUCGGAACCAGUACCCGGUCUAGAAGCCAACGUUGCUUGGAAACCAAACGGAAGUUUAAUAGCUUCCACGCAAUUUGACGUCCGUUCAGGACCUCAGGACACUCAUAUGAACGGAAAUCACUAUGUUGUUUUCUUUGAGCGGAACGGCCUUCGUCAUGGCGAAUUUAGUUUACGGCGUCCGUUGACUAACAACACAUCCUUUUACAGAGUAAAGGAUCUACUAUGGUCUCCAGACUCAGCUAUUCUCGCGGUGUGGAUAGAGCACACUGAAGGUGAUACCGUGCAAUUGUGGACGAGCAGCAAUUAUCAUUGGAAAGUAUUGUACUUAAAACAAGAGAUAUAUCCGCAAAGUGCUAGUCGUUUCACAACUGUUACAUGGCACCCCGAGCAUUCAUCGGAGCUCGUCUUGACAACGUCCUCACGACUGAUUGUCCGAAGAUUUGUAUGGGAGACUUGUGCUGGUGCAAGCGAUACAGGUUGCGUGGGUGUCGUUGACGGAGAUCAUAUACUACUCACGCCCUUCCGAACACAAAAUGUGCCUCCACCAAUGUCAUCUCAUCAACUACCUGUCCGCAUCCAACAUACCGCUGGCGAUACUAGCCCUUCGUUUUUGCGAAGCACUCCUUCUCACGUUUCACUUUCGUCCAUCAAUGAUAUCCUUGGUGCUGUGUGGGGGGAUGGCCGUGUUAUUGUAUGGUCUCUACAUACCCGCAUUGGGCCGGGAACAGGGAAAGUGAUGAAUCCUAUUUUAUUGUGGACAAAAGACUUAGGUCACGAAGACGUAUUGUGGAGGCAAGUGCAAGUCUCGGUCUUGGCCGCCGAUGCCAAGGAAAGGAUCCUACAAGUGGCGAUACUCGGUUCCACGGAGCAGAGUCCCGACCUAGUGAAUGUUCACGAAGUUCGACUUUCCCCUACGGAAGAGCAAGCCCGAAUAGGCGAGACCUGUUGGACAGCCAAGCUUUCCGGCAAGGAUGGCCGCCUGAUGCCAGACUUAGAAUCGUUGAGUUCGUUCUGGCAGUCUCGUGAGGGAGAGAUCUUUAGAGUGGAUUCCACCGAAGAAGCAAAAUCAUCACUUUGCAAUUUCCCCGAAUUUUGCUUUUCGGGGGUGAGUUUUCUCGUCCAAGCGCGGCGCCUUUUUGUUGGUUUGUCAAGCUCUGGAAAACUCUACUGCACGACGGAGGGCUCGAAACCGGCAGAACUCACUGAUAGUGCGAAUUCAUUUACAGUGGCUUCUGGUUUCGUUGUGUUCACUACAAACACUCAUGAGGUUCACUUCGCUCCCGUAGCGAUGUUGGUUGAUCAUCUCAUCAAUCGGUCACUGGAAGAGGAUGGCCCCUUAACAUCCAAUCAGGUUGCUGCGGACACUUGGGAGAAACGCCGUGUCGAGCGCGGUUCAAGAAUUGUAACUGUCGUGCCGGGCACGAUGAGCCUUGUACUACAAAUGCCGAGGGGUAAUUUAGAAACUAUCAGCCCUCGUCCUUUGGUGAUGGAAGCUGUGAAGGAUGACCUCGACGCGGGUCGUUGGCAAAAAGGGUUCCUGGCUUGCCGCAAGCAUCGAAUAAACCUGAGCGUCAUUGUUGAACACAAUGAAGAAGCAUUCAUGGCUGGCAUAUCCCGGUUCAUCGAACAAAUCGAAGAAGUAGAUUACAUCAACUUAUUCUUGUCAAGUAUUGGGCAAAGUGAACUUUCAGCGAAAACCAUAUCCGAUGUGUGCGAUGCCGUUCGAUUCGAGUUACAGACGAAAGACCUCCGCAAAUAUGUCAACUCGAUUCUAACGGCAUAUGUGGUUAAGACCCCGCCUGACUACGAAAGCGGGUUAACAUUACUACUGCAGCUGCGAGAUUUGCAGCCGGAACGGGUGGAGGAUGCAGUAAAAUAUAUAAUUUUCCUUGUGGACGCCGACAAGUUGUUUGAAACUGCGCUGGGGAUGUAUGACUUCUCCCUUGUGCUUCUGGUUGCCCAGCACGCUCAGAAAGACCCAAGGGAAUAUCUUCCCUUCCUUCGAGAAUUGAGGGCACUUCCUCCGCACUAUCAACGUUUCAGGAUCGAUGACUAUCUACGAAGAUAUGAAAAAGCACUGCGGAACCUUCACCUUGCUGGUCCCACUUACUUCCAGGAAGCGCUCGAUUACAUCGAACGCCACCAGCUGUAUGAAGCCGGCCUUGAGAUUUGGAAGGGCAUGGAACAAUAUCGUGUGGUACUUGGCGUAUAUGGUAGCUGGCUCUUCGAAAGGCGGGACUACAGGCAGGCAGCUCUGGUGUUCGUCGAGGCCUCUGAUCUUCGAAAAGCAAUGGUAGCGCAUGAGAGGGCCUUGGAAUGGCAAGAGCUCUUUCAGUUGUCCACAAGGGAAGUGGUCCCGGAAGAUGAGGUAAUAGAAAUUGCAUUCCGCAUCGCUGGAGAGUUGUUGUUGAAGAAGCGGUAUUCUGAGGCCGCAAGAGUUUUCAUUGACUACGCAGGCGAUAACCGUCAAGCAGUCACAGCGCUUGUGCAAGGUAACGAAAUUUCAGAAGCUCGAAGGAUUGUUUCCUUGCACGGCCCGCUAGAACUGCUUCAGGAAGUAAUCCUGCCUGGGGCACUGGACAUAAAAGCCCAGCUCACGGAAGAGUUGAACGAGAUGCGAGAACAGCUACACAAACAACUCGCUCGUCUCAGGGAGCUCCGCACUAGAAAGGUCCAAGAGCCUGAUACUUUCUACGGAACAGAACAAGUUAACAUGCAGAACAUCGAUGUAAUGACGGAUAUCUCAAUGGCGCCGACUGCCUUUACGAGAUACACUGCAGCCCCCACCGCAACAUCGAAAGUUUCCAAACGCAGCUCGAAAACGAAACGAAAGAUGGAACGUAAGGUUGGGUCAGGGCGGAAGGGCACCGUGGAUGAGGAAGAGUAUAUACUAAAGUCGGUCACCAAAUUGGUUGCCCGUUGUGGUGUUACGCAAGUUGAGGUACAGAAGUUGCUGCCGCACCUUCUCCACUUCUCAGAACUUCAUCGAUCGGAGGCUUGUGUUGUUCAACAGGAUAUGGAAUUUUUCGAAAGGGAAUUGCGGGACUCUAUUGAAGAGAUAUGGCAGUCACCGUCAACCACAGAAAACCCAGCUCAAGACUCUUGGGCAAAACGGAUGCUAGCCAGGGAAAAAGAGCGGCUGGUGGACCCACUAGAACGUGUGUCGAAGCCCGUGAUGGAAAGCAGUGAUUGGGGGAUUGGGUUGCUGCGUGCCAAGACCAACGUCCUAAAAACCGCUGGUUCGUCGAGAUACUAGUAAAAUUGCGGCCAGGCGCGCGCAUACAAAAUUUAUUUUAGGCGUCCAAAGCAAAAUUAUUAUACA